CAACUUGCAGUAUACAGCACAUUCAUUCGCCCAUUUUCUAUUCUUGUAAUGUCGCGACCUUCAAAGGAGACCGGUGAAGACUAUAUCGGACUGGCGGAAUCGUCGUCAGAGUCAGAGGUGUCGGACACAGAGCCAGCACCCGUUGUAGCGGGCACAAAGCGCAAGGCGCCGGAGGACGACCUAGAAGACAGUGAGGCAUUGCCGGCAGCAACCACCUAUGAAAAGUGCUACAACGGACAGCCACUUCCGCCAUGGCUGCACGGCAAGCAGCGACUGGGCAAGGGCAGCAAGCCGGCGAUCAGCGACAUGCUGAACGAGGAGGUGAAGGAUUUUGUCGAUUUUAUCUCGCCAACAGGCGAGGAACGGCAAAUGCGGCAGUGGGUGAUUGACCGGAUCCAGCGCGUGCUGGACGGGCUGAAGAUGGUGGGCGUGGAGGCGAAGGCGUUUUGCUUUGGCAGUUUCAGCACCAACCUGUUCCUGCCAACGUCGGACAUUGACAUGACGGUGAUGAUAUACGAUAAGGGCACGACGCGGGUAGCAAGCAGAUAUGCCACAAAAGACUCGGUGAGGAAGUUUCUGUACACGCUGGCGCACGAGCUCAAGCGCUCCACCUUCGCGUCCAAGUGCGAAGUCAUUGCCAAGGCGCGUGUGCCGAUUAUCAAGACGCAUGAGAAUGUCACCGGAUAUGCAGUUGACAUCUCGGUGAAUGCUGACAGCGGUCUGGGAUCGGCCAGGGUGCAAAAGUCGUUCUCUGAGCACGUUUACCCAAAGACCCUGCGCAGCAUUGUGCUGGUAAUCAAGCAGUGUACACCUGGCGGCCUGGGCUCGUAUGCGAUCACGCUGCUGGUGGUCAGCUUCUUGCAGAAUCACCCGCGUGUGCGCUCGGGCGGACUCGAUCUGUAUGAGAACAUGGGUGUGCUUCUGACCGAGUUCUUUGAGCUGUAUGGCAAGCGGUUCAACUAUGACAACGUGGGCAUCAGCGUUAGAGACAGCGGCAACUACUUUGACAAACGCAGUCGCAACAUGCUGAAUGUGGGCCAGCCGUACCUGCUGGCGAUCGAGGAUCCGUGCGACGAGACAAACGACGUGACCAAGGGCACGUACGGAAUCAGCCGGAUCAAGCAGACAUUUGCAGGCGCUUAUGACCUGCUCAACAACGCCAUCUACGCGUACCACCAGACACGCAAGUUCGGCGAGCCCAUCAACAGCACACUCAAGGCGACAGCCGUGCCCGAACAGCCGGGCUCGAAGCGGUCGAAAAACAAUAAGGGUGGCAAGUCAAACCGGAAGUCGGCCAAACUGUUCAACGACGAUCCGUGGGCGCCUGUUUCGUUCCUGUCCAGCAUCCUGAAGGUCAACCAGUCGGUGGUCACAGCCCGACAGCGCAUCAUUGCCACCUUCCACAAGGGCACGAUGCAGCGCAUUCUCGGCGUGUCGUACAACCCGGUUAUUGUGAAUCUGGCAGAGGGUGACUCGAAUGGAAUCGGGUCGGUGUCGGCACCGGCAUCAAAUCCGCCAUCCAACCCACCCAGCGCCCCGCCGACUGCGCCGGUAUCUGAACCUGAGAAUGAUGCCGAGGUUAUCAGUGACGACGGCGACGACGGCGACGACGGCUACGAUAGUGUGGAUAGCCAGGAAGCCGACGAUUUGAGGAUGCUGCAGCAAGCUUUUGGGAACACCACCAAGGACCCAAUUGUGAUCCCGAGCGACAGUGACUUUGAAGAAUAAUAGCCUGACGCUCCAAGUAAAUACAUUGCGCCAUUUGACAGUACGGUUGCGCUUCCCAGAGCUCGGGUGGCUA